AUGGCACUGUGCCAUGCUCAUACAGACCCAAGCAAUAUUGACGUUGGUAGUUCUGAUAGUGGCUUCGGGAAGGGUGAAGGCUUUGGUUUUGGAAGUGGUCCGUUCGGGGGCGGCGGUGGUGGCAGCGGUCAAGAUGGAUCAGGAUAUGGGUAUGGUGGUGGACAAGGUGGUGAAGGUAGUGGCUAUGGUCAAGGUAGUGGAGUAGGCGGCGGUGGUGGUGGUGGUGGCGGCGGCGGUUAUGGCGAAGGGGGUGGCUUCGGGUAUGGCCCAGGUGGUGGCAGUGGUUAUGGUUCUGGUGAAGGUGGUGGUGGUGGUGGCGGUGGUUACGGUCAGGGUGGUGGCUUUGGCUAUGGGCCAGGUGUUGGUAGUGGUUACGGCUUUGGCUCUGGUUUUGGUCAAGGUGGUGAUGGAGGUGGUGGUGGCGGUGGCGGUAGAUAUGGUCAAGGUAGUGGCUUCGACCAUGGGCCAGGUGAUGGUCGUGGUUCUGGCUCUGGUUAUGGUCAAGGUGGCGGUGGUGGAGGCAGUGGCUCUGGUGGUUAUGAUGAAGGUGGUGAAGGCAGUGGCUCUGGCUCCGGUUAUGGUCAUGGUCUUGGUGGUGGGGGAGAAGGUGGAGGCAGUGGUAGCGAAGGCGGAGGCAUUGGUUAUGGUGGUAGUAGUGGCCAUGGUUCUCGUUAUGGCCCAGGCGGUGGCGGAAGUGGUGGCUACGACAGUGGGUAUGGCCAAGGCGGUGUUUCUGGAGGAGGUGGGGGUGGCGGCGGCGGCUCUGGUUAUGGACAAGGCCGUGGUGGGGGAUAUGGUUCCGGUACUGGAAGUGGUCAGGGUGCUGGCGGUCCUCAUUAUGGCAGAGGCCGUGGAGGAGGAGGCGGCGGCGGCGGUGGUGGUCAAGGUGGUGACAACUAUGGCCCUGGUUCUGGAAGUGGCAGUGGUGGAGGAGGUGGUCCUGAGGGAAACUAUAACCCUGGGUCUGGAGGUGGCGGCGGAGGCAGGGGCAGCGGCGGAAAUACUUGCGCUUGCCCACCAAUCGCUUCAACUGGCAACGGCAGGCCAAAAGAAGUUGCAAAAACCGGUGACAAAUCUUAG